AUGUUCCAACUACCGUUCAUGGACCAGCUUCGCACGCUGGUCUCCUACAGCGCCAUCGACGACUUUUGCGACAUGCUCAGCAGUUUCGCCACCGCCUUUCUGCUCAUCUUCUGCGCGGUGCUCAUCUCGGCGAAGACGUACGUCGGCUCGCCGAUUCAGUGCUGGCUGCCGCAGACGUACUCGUCGGCGUGGGAGGAGUACGCCGAGACGUACUGCUUCCUCAAAGACACCCACUACAUUCACGACGCCGCCUCGCUCGACACCAUCGACAGCGUCGAGAAUCCCGACAACAACGUGACCUACUAUCAAUGGGCCGCCAUCUAUCUCACCGUCAUGGCUUUGGGAUUUGUGGCGCCAAAAUUGGUGUGGAAAAAGGCGCAGUCGAUGUAUGAAAUUCCGCUGUUGUACUUCUGCGAGACGGCCGCCGAGAUCAAGAUGAAGUCGAGCAUCGAGAUUGCCGAAAAGGUCCGCGAGAUGGGCAACUAUAUGAAGAGCAAGCUGAUGAUUAGGGAGAAGGAGAAGAAGGCCAAGUCUCGCCUCGCCUACACCUACAUCUUCAUCAAGUUGCUCUACCUUCUCAACAUCAUCGGCCAAUUCGUGCUGCUCAGCUUCUUCCUCGGACACAAUACGAAUCUGCUUUGGGGAUUCGACAUCAUGACGAAUCUGCUGUUGAACGUCUCGUGGUCGGACACGGGCAUCUUCCCGCGCAUCACCUACUGUCAUUAUACGAUCCGAACACCGGUUCUUCAGAGUCAUGUGAUUCAAUGCGUGCUCGGUGUCAAUGAGUUCAACGAGAAGAUCUUCACAUUCAUUUGGAUGUGGGUGAUCAUGGUCGGAAUAGCCACCGUCAUCGGAAUCAUCGUCGCUCAGAAUCACAUCAACAGUCAUGGAUACCUCAAGGGUCUUCUCCAUUCGAUCGAAACUCCCGACAAGCCGAUUUUGGCAGAAUUCGCUGAUUACCUUGGAAAAGACGGCCUUCUGAUUCUCUCGUUCGUCAAAUCGCAGAGUGACAUCGUCGCUUCCGAACUCGCCGUAUUCAUGUUCGACGCCUUCAUGGAAUCCGAUGAGCCGCUCGUUCACAACGCGCCGGAGAAGGCUGCUAUCUAA